UUGUCAACCCGGUUAGACCGUUCUCAGCCAAUGAAUGGAGACUGGGAGGAAACAUUGAUCGACACUUUUCUCGCUACAUUGUAUUUUACGCCUGUUGGCUUAUAAAACACCAUGAAGUCAGAGCUGCGAAUGUUCCCGUAGUUUCCCUGACCGCAGCUAUUAACAAAAUACACACCGACCACCAGCUACCACUCUUUGGAUCGCUUCGCGGUGACUUUCCGGUGUUUUGAGUCUCUGUGCGGUGGUCUGAACCGGGAGAGAGACUGCAGAGAUGUCCGACAGCGGUGGCUCGACUAUCGGCCUUCUGUCUUACGAGACGCUGGUUCAUGCUGUGGCAGGUGCACUGGGGAGUGUGACAGCGAUGACGGUCUUCUUUCCUCUGGACACAGCCAAAAGCAGACUGCAGGUGGACGAGAUGAGAAAGGCUAACUCCACCCCCGUCAUCCUGGCGGAGAUAGUAAAGGAAGAAGGCCUUCAGUCCCUCUACAGAGGCUGGUUACCAGUCAUCUCCAGCCUCUGCUGCUCCAACUUUGUCUACUUCUACACCUUCAACACACUGAAGAAGCUGGCGUCGGCUGGUCCAGGGAAGUCCAGACCCAGCCAAGACCUGCUGAUUGGGGUCGUAUCAGGGGUGGUGAAUGUGAUCCUGACCACUCCCAUGUGGGUGGUCAACACUCGACUGAAGCUGCAGGGAGCAAAGUUCAGGAACAAAGACAUCCAUCAGACCCAGUACAGGGGCAUCUUUGAUGCUUUCUCACAGAUCAUAGCCAAUGAGGGUGUGGCAACUCUGUGGAACGGCACUCUGCCCUCUCUUAUCCUCGUCAUCAACCCGGCGAUGCAGUUCAUGUUUUAUGAGGCCAUGAAGAGGAAGGCGGGCAGUGGAGGGAAGAAGAUCUCCUCAGCAGAGAUCUUUCUCAUUGGAGCCAUUGCCAAGGCCAUUGCUACCACUGCAUCAUAUCCUCUUCAGACAGUUCAGGCCAUCCUGAGGUUCGGCCAGUACAAAGGUGACGGUAAGGCCGGUGUGAUUGGAAGCCUCUCAAACGUUUUCUCCCUGCUGAUGGACAGAAUCAAGAGGUACGGUGUUCUUGGUUUGUACAAAGGCCUGGAGGCCAAGCUGCUACAGACGGUGCUCACGGCCGCCCUCAUGUUUGUAGUGUACGAGAAGAUCACUGCUGCCACCUUCAAAGUCAUGGACCUGAACAAGAAGCUGACGCAGUGAACAAACCCCUCCCUUGAAUACAGCGAUGCAUGAGCACACCCAUCGUCAGUAGGUUUUUAUCAAUGCCUACCGAUGAUAUGUUGAUGCCAGGAAUUGAUUCAGUCACAUUACCGUUGUCGUAAGAGACGGGAUUGCUGCCCAAAACAAACACCAUAACCAGAGCUGGGUGUGAUACUUCUAAUACCCUCUCUUUCUUAACCUCUAACUGGUUCCAUUUGUGCAAACUGGUGUUGAUUUGAUCUCUGUUGAGAUGGUUCUAAGUAACCUUACUAGCUGAGAUAGUCAUCACAACGACACGUAAAGGGAAAGCGGAUAUCAUUUAGGGAAGUAACGCUUUUUGCUUUCUUCCCUAGAGACGGAUGAGAAGAUCGAUACCACUCAUUAGAUAGGACUGAUCCUGGCCAAGUAAAUGUUCUUUUGCUUUUGGACCAUUCCUCACGCACUGUCUUGUGUUUUAACUGUGAAUUUAACUGAGUUUGAUAGAACCCUCAAGACAUUCUGGCCAGAUGAGUGUUUUAUUUAAUCUGCUGAUUUAUGAUGUCAUUAUUACACACACAGAUUAGCAGUAGUCACAAUAGUGUUGAAAGGGAGAGUAGCUCCCAUUCACAUGGACAGACGUAUGUGUCAAAUCUGCUCUGAAAGCUCUUGAUUUUAACAAUUAUAACAUUAAGUCAAAAUGAAUUUAACGUAAAUGGGAAUGAGUACUUAACAAUACACAGAGCAAAGCUUACAUGUGUACAAAUACUGCAGUAAGUGCCUCUAAAUAUGUCUGAAAAAACUGUAACAUGAACUGAUAUAAAUGCUGUGACGACUGUUGACGAUUUACUCCUCCGUCCACAGUCUGCAUGAUUGUAUUGAUCCGUAUGAACAUUUUGUUACACAGGUGUCUUCUAUUAGUUUUUCUGUUGGGCAUUCAAGUUUGCAGUAAUUUACACUAUUUGUGUAAAUUACGCAUUUUGUUGCUGUUUAACUGGUUGUUCAAUUUGUUAACUUGAGUUUUAAUCAUUACAAGAGUUGCUGCUGUCGGUAUUACUUUUUCAGUGCCAGUUGUGUAGUCUCGCUCUCUCGGAAGUAUAAUGGGUAAUUUGAAAAUAAAAAGCAGAAGGUGUUUAUGAAAAAAAGAGAGUGAGGCACUAAAUGUCCGGUAAGGCAGAACAUUUAAACUGCCAGGAAAGAUAGAAAGUGUGUGAAACAGCAGGAAAGCUCUAAACAAAGAAAGUGUCCCUCAGUCUGGUGAGGCAGAAGGACGGCAUUAAGAAGGAACCCAAAGCUGGUGUAUGAGUCACUUUUAAUUAAAAAACAACGGCAAUGAGGCAACGGUUACAAGAAUACACCAUGCAUGUUCACUACGGUCUUCUUCACAAAUGAAAUGUUUUGUCUUAACAUGAAAAAAAAACGUGUAACUGCAGAUGCAAUUCUAACUUGAAGUCAUGAUUUCAUUUGUUAAAAAUGUUUUUCUACUGAUGUUUUCUAAUUCUGUUUUGAUUAAAAUUGAACACUUAA